UGCAUGAGUACAUAUUGGCCAGCUGGGAUCUUCGCAGCUGUCUCUCUGGAAGGCAUUGCAGUGAGGAGGUCGGAAAGGAAUCCCAUUGAGUUAAAGGCUAGGGGAGCCUCGAAAGGAAGAGCGGAGCAGCAAGUGAGCAUGGAGCGGAGCUGCUUCUCCCAGCUCGUGGCAACCUGGUGGCUCUUUUGGAAUCUUUUUGCCAGCUGCCAAGGGACGAAGGGGAGCGUGCCCAGACUCCGCCUGUCUUAUAAAGAUCUUUUGGCUGCUAACCGCUCAAAGCUGUUCCUCGGCCACCGGGGUUUCCCAGACUUCCGCUCCCUGUAUCUGGACGAAUACCGCGACCGGCUCUUCAUUGGGGGAAAAGAUGCACUCUACUCUCUGUGGCUGGAUCAGCCCGGCAUGGACGCCAAGGAGAUUUACUGGCCACCUCUCCCUGGGCAGAAGGAGGAGUGUUUUCAGAAGGGGAAGGACCCAAUGACUGAAUGUGCCAACUACGUCCGAGCGCUUCACCCCUUCAACCGCACCCACCUGCUGGCCUGUGGGACAGGAGCCUUCCACCCUGUCUGUGCCUUCAUUGACGUGGGACAUCGUGGCGAGCACGUGUUCAGCUCGGAUCCCAUGAGCGUGCAGAAUGGGCGGGGCAAGUGUCCGCAUGAGCCCAAUAGGGCCUUUGCAAGCACCUUCACUGGAGGGGAGCUGUACACAGGCCUCACUGCAGACUUCCUGGGCCAGAACUCGGUGAUCUUCCGCAGCAUGGGGUCCCGCUCAUCUCUACGCACCGAGAUGGAUCAGCGCCUGCUGAAUGACCCAAAGUUUGUGGCCGCCUACUUGAUCCCAGACAAUGACGACCGGGACAAUGACAAGGUCUAUUUCUUCUUCACGGAGAAGGCAGUGGAGUCGGAUGGCAAAGGCCACGCCAUCUUCAGCCGCGUUGGACGAAUCUGUGUGAAUGAUGCAGGAGGCCAGCGGGUGCUGGUCAACAAAUGGAGCACCUUCAACAAAGCCCGUCUGGUGUGCUCCGUCCCAGGGCCUGAUGGGAUAGACACCUACUUUGAUGAACUGGAGGACAUCUUCUUGCUGAGGACCAAAGAUGGGAAGAGCCCUGAGAUCUAUGCCCUCUUCAGCACCAUCAGCAACGUCUUCCAAGGCUUUGCCAUCUGCGUGUACCGCAUGGCAGACAUUUGGGAAGUUUUCAAUGGGCCCUUUGCCCAUAAGGAUGGCCCGGAUCACCAGUGGGCAGCGUAUGAGGGCAAGGUGCCCUACCCCAGGCCAGGAGUUUGUCCCAGUAAAACCACCAACCAACCCAGCCGGCAGUACGGCUCCACCAAGGACUAUCCUGACGACGUCCUGCACUUCUCCCGUGCUCACCCCCUUAUGUAUAGGCCCGUGUACCCAUUGCACCGUCGGCCGAUGCUGGUGAAGACCAACCUGCAGCACCGGCUGCGGCAGAUCGUGGUGGACCGGGUGGACGCUGAGGAUGGGCAGUAUGAUGUCAUGUUUCUUGGGACAGAUGCCGGCUCAGUACUGAAGGUCAUAGCCCUUCAGAAAGGAAACUUCGCCGCAGCCGAAGAAGUCAUUCUGGAGGAGCUGCAGGUUUUUAAGGUUCCCAUGCCCAUUACCACCAUGGAAAUCUCUGUCAAACGACAAAUGCUCUACGUGGGCUCCCGUGUGGGGGUGGCCCAGGUGAAGCUGCACCAAUGCGAGACCUACGGCACAGCCUGUGCCGAGUGCUGCCUGGCCCGGGACCCAUACUGUGCCUGGGAUGGCAUCUCCUGCACCAGGUACCAAGCAUCGAGCAAGCGCCGGUUCCGCCGCCAGGACAUCCGGACCGGGAACCCCAUGCACCAGUGUCUGGAUCAGAACCUGACAAUGGAUGAAUUUGACAGUGCUGAGGAGAAGGUGGUGUAUGGGACGGAGCACAACAGCACCUUCCUGGAGUGCGUCCCCAAGUCGCCCCAGGCCACCGUGCAGUGGUUCCUUCAGAGACCCCACGACGAGCAAAGGGAUGAGGUGAAGACGGAUGAGCGGAUCCUGAAGACAGAGCAGGGGCUGCUGUUCCGGAGACUCUACCGCCCAGACGCUGGCACCUAUUACUGCAAGAGCCUGGAGCAUGGCUUUGCCCAGACCGUCACCAAGAUCACGCUGGAGGUGAUCGAGAGCCAGCAGCUGGAGCACAUCUUCCAGCGGGAUCACGAGGAUGAGUCCCCUCGCCCACCCUGCCUGGUGCCGGAACCCCGCCUGCCGCCAGGGCACAGGGCCUGGUUCAAGGACAUCAUGCACCUGAUCGGCUACGCCAACCUGCACCAGGUGGAGGAGUACUGUGAGCGGGUGUGGUGUGGCGACUGGCAGCGCCGCAAGGCCAAACCCCACAAGAGCAAAAACGCACUUAACAGCAUGGAUGCCGGCAAGAAAGGGAAAGCCAAGCUGCACGAGAGGAACCGGAUGCCCAGGCAGGCCAUGGCCACAUAGAGCUCGAAGGGAGGGGGGUGUACACGAGGGGGGAGAUGGGAGAGAGGAGGGACCUACUGGAACAAACCCCUCUCUGAAGGGACAAUCCACCCAGCUAGGAACAGUGUCCAUGGUGCCCUAACAAUAGGACCUGCCAAACCAGGAGCUGUCUCGCAACAUGCCUGAGUCUGGAGACAUUCACCAUUGGAGGCACGGAACAUCUCUUGAUUCCAGCACUGGAGACGGCUCGGGGAGCUCCCCUGUCCCACCAGAGCAUCUAUUUCUCACCCCACCCCAGCAUCUCUCCCAGUUGAGGAUGUCUUGUUUCCGGCCAGGCUGCAGGUGCAUUGAAUGAUCAUGGUGGGGCUCUCCUCAACCUUCAGUGCAGCCCUGGAAGGGCAUGACUUUCCGUAGGAGCAUGGCAGCUCGGGGCAGGGGGGUGAUACAGAGCAGAAGGGCCAAUGGAGAGGCUGGUAAGCAGGAGCUGGCUACGUACCUGAUGGGAGAGAAGGAAAAGACCACCACACCCACAGCAGCGGGAUGGCUUGGUGGGUUCGGUGUGGAGCUGUGGUAGCCAGGUUAAGUGCCCCAGAGAAUGAGAAGAACCAAUUCUUAUACACUCAGCUGGGGCCACAACCGGCUGUUCAGUAGGAUACUGUCAGCCUCCUCUGGCCAGCUCCCAUGGCACUGUGGAGUCAGGGGAGGAGGAGUGAGUCUCAUCAGAGCUUCAGCCCAGUUAUGGACAGAACGGUUACCAGGGUGGAGUUGAACAUUAUUUACCUCCCACAGGAACCCUGCUGUCUCUCCGCCCCCUGGCACAGGGCAGCAGUCAGAAAGGGGGCCCAGCUAGUCACUUUACAUGUGGCCUCAGGCUCUGUCACGAAUGCCCUUCGUUACAAAACACACCUCAACAUUCACGUGGCCGUGGACUCCCCCUACUGCCUCGUGUCACAGCAACAUUCACCCGGCCAUGGAGUCCUCCGCCCGCUCCGCGUCGUGGCAGGGUUCACCGAGCCGCGGAGUCCCCCGCCCGCUCCGCGUCGUGGCAGGGUUCACCGAGCCGCGGAGUCCCCCGCCCGCUCUGUGUCGUGGCAGGGUUCACCGGGCCACGGACUCCCCAGCCCGCUGGGCAUCGUGGCAGGGUUCACCAGGCCACGGACUCCCCCGCCUGCUCAGCAGGUUUCACCGGGCUGCAGACUCCUCCACUCACUCGGUG